UUGGCUCUCAGUUGCCGGCAAACUAUCGACGUGUUGUAUUGUGGUGACGCCGUGUGCAGCGCAGCCCGCCGUGUAGUCUCGUCGUCGUCGUCGUCGUCGUAGUUGUCGUCUCGUCUUCUCGCAUACCUAUAUAUAUAUAGUGUCACAUCUCCUCGCUCACCCGAACCCCCCGUAUACCGCAACCCCGGUUCUAUUCGUGUACCACACACACUACCCCUGUCCGUCCGCGUGCGUCUCCGGUCACCGUCGUCCCGCGAAGUUUUCUUGUGUGCGGUUUUUUUUUUUUACAGUCUCGCCUAUCGCGAUCGCGCAAGCGCCACCCUCCGAAGGGAUAUCGCGUGCCGAGAAAUAACGUCUUCGGCGCACCGCCGCCGCCACCACACCCACCACCAUCACCACCACUACCUCCGCCACCGAUUCCACCGCCUCCACCGGCCGGCCGGCCAACACGUGGUCUCAGGCGCACGUGCACCGCCGCCCAGACACGUCCGAACGAGAGCGCGUCGCCGAGACAUGUCGUGGACGUCAAUCGUCGUCUGUGCAACGCUCUGUGGGUUCGGUGCCGCUACCGACGAAUUUUCGGGUGGAAAAUUUCUACCAGACGAACAUGAUCUCCAAACUGCCAUCAAAGUUCCGUUCGAGGACCCGCAGCUAUACUUUGACAGCGGAGAGGACGGUUUUCCAGCAUUUGGCAUUAAACCUGGAUCUGAUAUAAAAUCACCGUAUCGAUUAUUCCUCCCAGAAAAAUUGUACUCGGAGUUCUCCAUCGUGGUUAAUUUCAAACUAAAUUCUAUGGACGGCGGUUUUUUGUUCGCCGUUGUCAAUCCUUUAGAAAACGUGGUGCAAUUGGGCGUGCAGGUCGUACCGUCGUCAUCGAGCGCGAUGAACGUGAGCUUCCUGUACACGGACGUGAACAAAUACUCGUCGUCGUCAAACGUCUUGGCCACUUUUUCAGUGCCGUGGAAGAUCCGGAAGUACAUUCGGCUGAGCUUGAAGGUGACCAGGGAGUACGUGCGGUUGUUCGGCAGGUGUUUGGAACCGCAAACCGUGAUGGUGGUCAGGGAUCCGGUGGAGCUGCUGUUCGAUUCGGCGUCCACGUUGUACAUCGGCCAGGCGGGGCCGCUGAUCAAAGGACCGUUCGACGGAGCCAUACAAGAAAUGAAAAUCUACGCAUCGCCGGAUUUCGCCGAUAUCCAGUGCACGGAACUUUUGCAGCCAGACGAUGACAAGGAACCAGAAAAUCCCGAAGACCUGGCUAACGGCGGUUACUCAGACAGACCACCUGCUCCACCGCCACCACCGCCAUCGAACGAAAACCAUAGCUAUCAGACGCCCAACAUCAAAGGGGAUAAAGGCGAUGCCGGUCAAAAGGGAGAGUCGAUCAGAGGACCACCCGGACCACCAGGACCUCCAGGCUCGCCGUUUUCCGGGGACUUUGCCACCGACGAAGAACUCGUCAAGUCUGGAGUAUCUGGACCGAGGGGUCCGCCGGGCAUAUGUAGUUGUAACCUCACCACGUUAUUUGCACCCGGCAACAUACCGGAAUUAAUACAAGGACCGCCGGGCAAUCCAGGCAUCGAUGGCAAAAUGGGAUUGACAGGACUCCCGGGUGCCGUAGGAUUGCCAGGAGAUCGAGGACUAGAAGGCAUAAAAGGGGACAAAGGUGAUAGAGGAGAUGUCGGGCCACGAGGGAACGAAGGCAUUCAAGGCCCUAAAGGCGAUUCUGGAAUUGACGGGGAACGCGGUUUACAAGGACCUCCGGGUCCACCAGGUCCUCCUGGGGGAUCAGACUUUUCAAACAAUGAUCCAAGUUGGAAACCAAGACCGAUUUACAAGGACAUUGGGUUUGAGUCAAACGUUGGGAGGCCCGGUCCCCCGGGUCCUAAAGGCGACCCGGGUGUUGACGGCGCUCCGGGCUUAAAAGGUGCAAAAGGAAUUCAAGGCAAUAAAGGCGUUCGCGGGGAGCUUGGAAGCAAAGGAGUCAAAGGCGACAAGGGUCAUGCUGGAUCUCCUGGACCGCAAGGUUUUAAAGGGGAACGAGGAAUACGCGGAUUUGACGGAACUCCAGGAAUGCCAGGAGAAAAUUCUCGCCCAGCGCCCAAAGGCGAAAAAGGCGACAGUGGGACACCCGGACCACCGGGUCCUCCUGGACCAGCGCAGUCUGGAGUGAAAAUUGAUAAAACGGAUACAGCAGUUGUGAAAACAGUCAAAGGUGAUAAAGGCACAAAAGGAGAUCAUGGAGAAAAGGGAUCCGUUGGUAAUCUGGGCCCAGGAGGAAACCCUGGUCCACCUGGUUUGACGGGUCCCAAAGGUGAACGAGGAGAGCCCGGUUUACCAGCACCCUCGUUAUCUACGACCGAUCUAGGAAUGAGCAUCAAAGGAGAUAAAGGUGAAAUGGGAAGACGAGGUAGACGCGGAAAACCAGGUCCUAUAGGUCCACCUGGUCCACCCGGAGAGAUUGGUUUACCUGGCUUACGAGACGACGGUUCACCGGGCAAACCAGGAGGUCUUAAAGGGGACAAAGGAGAUCCGGGAGUAUCUGUGAAAGGGGAUAAAGGAGAUCCGGGAAAAGACGGAAUACCAGGUGCUGGAGGAACAUACGUGCCCGUUCCAGGACCACCAGGCCCGCCGGGAAUUCCUGGUGUUGCGAUCGAAGGUCAAAAAGGCGAACCUGGUGAUCCAGGAUUUUCUUCGUCGCCGCUCCGAAGUGAAAUAAACGAACCCGUCAUCGUACCAGGCGCUAUGACGUUCCCGAACAAGAAAUCGAUGAUAAACGUGACAGACAGAACUCAGAUGGGUACCAUUGCAUUCAUCAUCGAAGAGGAAGCCCUUUUAGUACGUGUCACGCGUGGCUGGCAGUACAUUUCCCUUGGUUCAUUGGUCACAACUGGAAUCGACCCGGUCCCGACGAGCGUUCCGAUUCCGACAAGAGUGCCGUUGGAAUCAUCGAAUUUAGUACAUAACCAUCCAGUAAAAGAUAACACAAUGUGGCAUCCCAAAAUGUUACGAAUAGCAGCGUUGAACGAGCCAUACACGGGUAACAUGCACGGAGUUCAGAGUGUGGACUAUUCGUGUUAUCGUCAGUCUCAGCGAGCGGGGCUUCACGGGGCGUUCAAAGCGUUCCUGUCCUCCCGGAUUAACAAUUUGAAAACGAUCGUUCACGAAUCCGACAGAGAUUUGCCCGUCGUCAACAUCAAAGGAGACGUCCUGUUCAACUCCUGGAAAGACAUAUUCAGCGAGAACGGCGCGUUUAUAUCGCAACAGCCCAGGAUAUACAGUUUCAGUGGCAAAAAUGUGCUCACCGAUUUCACGUGGCCUCAGAAGACCAUCUGGCACGGAUCGGACAUGUCCGGUGACAGUGCCGUGGACGGAAACUGCGACGCUUGGAACUCGGAGAGCUCCGACAAACGGGGACUAGGCUCGUCGUUGACGCCAAAGUCCGACCGGCAGGCAAAGCUCCUGGACCAGGAUUCGGCGUUCGACUGCCGCAACUUUUUCGUCGUCCUGUGCGUGGAAAUCACACCGCACUCGGGGGCGAUGUUUUCGAGGAAACGGCGCAGUGGCGGAGGAGGGUUUCACGACGAACCUCAACCACCGAUGAGCCGCCAAGAGUACGAGAAGCUCAUGGAAGACAUCGGAGCUUGAGCACUAUACGAUAUACAAGCCCGAAAACGCAUCCGUCUCGCCAGCUGUACCUAUUCGAUUAUCACAAAAUAAUAUAACGUUAUCAUUUCGACUUCAUAUUCUCUAGUGUGUACGGUGGCGCCGACACCGCGCUUCUUGUCCAAUUUAAUUUUCCAGUUUUUUUUUUUAAGACACUACUUUGCUGUAAGCCAUACAAUACCUAUAAUAUAAGCGAAGCCAUAUAAUAAUAUUACAUAUUAUACGACAUAAUUAUAAUUAUUAUGUCAUUAUACUAACGACUACACCGUUUAGUCAGGAUAUGUCCUUCAUUCCUCGUUACUUUUCGUUAUAAAAUACAAAAACAUAUUUUAACAA